GGCGUGGCGGUGGGCCGAGUGGCGUCAACACUGUACAGUUGUUGCAGGAGACGGUCGGCGAGAAGCUGGCUUGGUGGGUGUUAGGGAACCUGAGGAGGGAAGUGAAGUGGAUAUACUUUUAUUAUUUUUAUUUUAAACACCUUCCCGACCCCGUUUUCUUACUCCCCUUCCUCUUGACUAAAGUUUUAUUUUGUUUACGUUGUAGUUCGAAGGGAAGGGGGGGGGCAUAAGGGUAAAAGUAGUUUCGGUCGUCAGCCGUCAUGGGCCUGAGGAAGAAAAGCAAAAAUCCUGCCGUCUUCAGUCAUGAGUUCGUGAUCCAGAACCAUGCGGACAUCGUGUCGUGCGUCGCGAUGGUGAUUCUGCUGGGGCUGAUGUUCGAGAUCACAGCCAAGUUUGCUAUCAUGUUCAUCAUCGUACAAUACAAUGUCACACACACCAACAUAGGUGAAGAAAUUGAUUCUGUCAGCUUCUAUGAAUAUGGAUUUAAAGACUUGGCCACCAUAUUCUUUUAUAUGUUGAUAGCUAUCAUUCUACAUGCUGUGAUACAAGAGUAUAUUCUUGAUAAAAUAAACAGACGGUUACAUUUGUCCAAAACGAAGCACAGUAAAUUCAAUGAAUCUGGCCAGCUGGCAUUCUUCUAUUUGUUCUCCUUUAUCUGGGGCGGAAGCAUCCUGACUGGAGAGAAAUUUACUACUGAUCCUACUCUCUUAUGGGAAGGAUAUCCACACACUCAUAUGUUUUUUCAGGUGAAGUUUUUCUACAUUUGCCAGAUUGCCUAUUGGCUCCAUGCAUUACCUGAGCUCUAUUUUCAGAAAGUUAGAAAGGAGGAUAUCGCUCGACAGCUGUACUACAUUUGCCUUUACAUAUUCCAUAUUACUGGUGCCUAUAUAUUGAAUCUUCACAGACUGGGCUUGACUCUCUUGGUGCCACAUUACCUGGUAGAGCUCUUGUUUCAUGCAUCACGAUUAUUCUACUUCAGUGAUGAGAACAAACAAAAGGGCUUCACUCUCUGGGCUCUACUUUUCGUAAUGGCUCGCCUCCUCACUUUGACUCUGUCUGUCCUCACGUUUGGUUUUGGCCUUGCAAGAGCAGACACUCGAGACUUCUCAGUUGCAAAUGGAAAUUUCAACACGCUGACUGUCAGGAUUAGUUGCUUAGCUGCUAUUUGCCUAACACAAGCAUGGAUGAUGUGGAAGUUUAUCAAUUUCCAGCUGAAGAAGUGGAGGGAACACACCCAGAAUCAGAUCCCCAGAAAGAAAGUAGCGAAUACCAAGAACAAGCCUUCAAAAAAAGAGUAUAACAAGGCUAAUGCAUCAAACGGAACAGUGAAAACAGAAAGUGGAACUUCACCACGUGCAAGGAAAGCAAAAGCUUCGUGAAGCUGGAUUUUAAAAAUUGGCAAAUUUGAGGGAAAAAGAAACUGAUGAUCACAAAUCUCUUCAAUCUUUUCACACCCCUAAACCACUCUACUUUCAUUUCUACAUGCUAAUCAGAGUUGAGCAAAGAAAGUGAUGGCAAACCCUGUUGAGACACUCUUUGUGUUCUUAUAAACGAAAAUGAGGUGAAACUCUUGCUGCUCCAAACAGAUUAGCUAUUGGAUUAGGCCUUGAGUGGUCAGUACUCAGCUUUGGGGUGUGCACAUGUAGUAUUUUUAUGUUCUUGUCAGUUUCGAAUGGUGGCUGGAGGACACAUGAAUGGUGAACAAGUAACUGUGCGAAUUGGGGUGCGAUAGAAAAUGACCAGUUGGAUGCCUUUACCAAAGGCUGUUUUGGGUCCAGUUACCAAGACAGUAGGCAUGAAUAUUGGAAUUGCUAACAGUGUGUUCGGAAUUAGAUAUGAAAAUUGUCUUAUUACCUGGAGACUGGGCCAAUCACAGCUGCGUUGUUAUUCUUUAAUUUUCUGUUUCCUGCCCCUUUCUGAUGCUUGUAAUGUUGUGAUGCUUAGAUUUCAAAGUAUAAACACACCAGAUCCCAACAAACUGUGAAUACAAGUUCAAAUGAGAAUUGUAACUGUUCCCACACUGUUUUUCCAAUCUUGAAAAAUGAGUCAGCAUCACCCUGGCUGGAUAUUAUCUAUCAGUCUCCGUUUUUGCACAAAAGAUAUGUUGACCUGAAGUAAUCAUGAUGUUCCUGAAAAUAAUAAGGGCACAUGAUUGGAGCAGUAUCCACACUACAAAAACUGGUUUAGACCCCAAUAUUUUUUGGUAGAUUGUUCAAACAUACAGUCACUUUUGCUGUAGAGUUUCCGCAGCUUGUUCAAUCCAUUGUGUUAGGAUUUUUCUUUUUUUCAUAAAAAGUUUGAUAAAUGCUGCCAUUUAUACUCCAAACUUUUAUGUAGGGUUUUGUUUUACUUUUGUGGCUUUAGAAGAUAAUGUACGCAUUUGACAUGCAAUCUUUACCCCCUCCCUCAAGUUUUAAGUGCCCUUGAUAAAAAAUGUAAAAAUGAUCAGCCAAAAACACCCAUCUUGCAACUGUACAGGAACUCAGCAAAAUGUUCUUUUCAAGGGGGAGGCUUUUUAAUUUUUUGAGUAAGAAAAUGAUCCUUUCAUGUUUAGCGUUUUGCAUUUUUAGUUGCUUUACCCGUAGAUGUGUGAUGGGAACUGUGCCUUAAUCUUGACCAGAUAUUGUCGUCUUCUCUAUUUUUAACAUGAAAAGGCAUCAGAGUUUCUAAACCAUCAUGACCCUAGUCCAUUUCACUGUUUAUUAUUUUCAUCUCAAACAAGAGUGGCUUGAGCAUUUUUAAACUAAUGUUUAUUUUAAUCAAAGAAGAAAUUCUUCUGUUUCAUGUGGCUCUGGAACAUAGUUGUCUUAAAUGGUGUUUAUCACCAAUAAUAUUUUACAUAACAGGUAAAUAUUUUAAAACAGAUCAUCUUCAAAACAUACAUUGUGGGGUCUGCUUUGCCCCAUAAUCUUCCCUGCUGAAAGACAAUUAAAUGAUUUAUAGAUUGUUUCUCUGUUAGCCUUCUCCCAACUUAUUUUCCUUGUUUAGGAUCCCCAUAUUUAGGAAAAUGUAGCACAUUUUUACUUUGGGGUUUAUAAGAGAGAAGAGUAAAGAUGUACAAGACUAUUUUUACACUCUCUUUUUGGUUAACAGAUACUGUUUAACAUAUAUACACCCACAAAAAUUACUUUGUACCAAUUUAUCACUUUGACAAAAGUUGUGCAAUGGGAAGAUACCUCUUAAUAGUUUGUUCUUUAUUUUCUACCAAGUACAUCAAAUAAUUUCAUCAAGCUAACCCAAAUUGGACAUUUUGCGACACCUAAAUAGAGCCUUAUUUGUUGGCCAUUUAGCUUUCUCAGAAUCCCUUGUAUGCACAUACUGAAGUUAUAGUGCAUUUGUGUAUAUCAGACCUACCAAAUGAGCUUGUGUACACAGGCUUGCUUUCCUAACUGUCUGUACCAAGUCACCACAUGUACACAUCCUUGCUUACAGAAUCGCCUUAUAUAUGAGCCUACGCUGAUUCUUUUGUCCUGAAUCAGUGUAUAUCUAUUUCAUUAUAUCAAAACGCUGGUGUGUACAGAUGUAUUGACCAUGUGCCAUAUUGGGAAUGUAUGCAAAGACAUGCAUGUGCCCAAUAAACUAAUAGUUUAAUCUGUCUAUAUUGAAUCACCAUGUACACCAUUUAUUUAUAUAAAUUCAACUGUGUACACUCUCUUGUAUUAUGAACCACUGAGUAGAAUCAACUUAGCUGUUUGUCUUUCUAUGCAAGUAGAAAGUUUUAAGGUUCUUGUAAAUCUCUAUGAACAAUUCCAUGAAUUGUUUCCUUAAACAAUGUUGAGGUGAAUCCCACUAUUACAUACUGAUUAACACAAUGUGUUGGUGCCUGAAUUGGAGCACAGUCCAAGCUUCUCAUCCCUGCCUGCUGCUUUGAAUGUUGCAUGUAGAAUCAACAUACAGGAAGGUAAAAUAUUUGAUCAAAUGCUGUUCGACUAUUUUGUUCUUGCGUUUGGAGUGGAGGAUAAAAUUUCACAUGACAGUGGUUUCACUGUUUUCACCUUAAUUGUAGUAUCCCAGAUCUGUGACAGUGGAUGGGAAGUUUCCUCUUUUCUAUGUUGGAACAUUUGUAUACAGACAUUAAUUGCAUAUUUUCUGUAGACUGGAUAAAAGAUGCUACUGUGUGACUGCUACUGUGCUUAAUCGGUACUUUAGGGAGGACAUCCUGUGUGACUGACAGGAUUGGCAGAGUUGACAAGAAUAUUGAUUUUAUUCAUAAGGAAAUACUGAAACUUCAGUGAGAUAUCAAAAAGCAGACGUUUCCCAGUCUAUUUUCUUAAAAGUAUAUAUAAAUAAAAUUGAUUGUGCUUUUUUUUAAAAAGAAAAGGGGACAUUAUCAGUGAACAGCUUAUACUUUAUUAUGUUGACAUGAGACAAAACCAUUUAGCCGGUUACAGUAAAAAUGACAAUAGUCCUGAAUCUCAGAAGCCUUUCUGAACUCAGUCGUGUAAAUGUUGUUCAUUUUGUUUUUCUGAUACAUUUUGUGAAUCAAUGUAACUGUAAUAGCUUCUAGUUCCCAGACCAUUUGCUUUUGCCUUCUGAUAAAUUUGUAGCUAGGGCAGUGGGAGAUGUGUUUAUUUCUCUACUGGUACAACAGAAGAUAAUUCAAGGUGACUUUUAUUUAACUUUACAUAGUUUGUUAUUUUUGUUAUUAUUGAGUUCUAGGUUAUAGAACAAUGUCAUGUUUUUGAGUUGCUACUCUAAACAUGUUAGAAUACCAAGCUCUUGUGUAUGUUUGAUGGCAGGGUCUUGUAAGUUUAACAUACAUUUGAAUCUGUUAUAAAACCACUAUUUCUGCAAUCUGGAAAAUAAAUUUGUUGCCUCAUCUGUGACAUUUUAA